UUUUUUGGUAAAUCACUCGAAUUAGUCGUUUCGAAACAGUUGAACGGUUUGAACACACGUCCACGCAAAUAACUCUUUCGCUUAGCUACAUUUCGCUUUUUCAGCAAAUGUCCACAACGUUAGAUGUCGUUAUACGAUAGCAUCACAUCAUAUUGUGCCAAAUGAAUUUGAAGUGAAUUUGGAUAAAAAAAAACAAUAACAAAAUGUGAUAUUCUAAUAUGAAAAUACAAUAAAUUGUGCAAUAAUUAGUGGUAGCAGAGGCUAAAACACAGCAGCAAGCGCUGCAAGUAACAAACAAGUGAUUACCAAGAGAUAUUGAAAUACAAAGUGCAGCAUUUAAACUAGAAAACAUUUCAAGAAAUCAGCGAGAAUUCGGCAGUGCAAAUUUUUGACGUUUACAUUUGUGGAAUAUUAUUAAAAACACAGCGAGUGAUUGGAAUUCCGAUUCAAAAUCACGCGACAGCAGCUGACUAGACCAGACAGCAGGCAUGGAAGUGCUGGGAGACAGCAAAAGUAAUCUGUAAAGUAAACAGAGACACAGCGCAAACGAAAUUCAAACAAAAACAUUGACAAACAACAACAACAACAAAAGCAACAACAGCAAACGAAAGCUGAAAAGAGGCUCAUUAGAUUUUUUUUCGCGUUGUGUGGCAGCAGCGUGUUGGUGUAACACGUCAGCCAAACACACAACAAUAACUGCGGUGGAUUUCAUCAACGCCUCAGAAAGCAUUGAUUUUUCCUGUGACUGAAUGUUAACGGAGCCGCUGCACAUGGUUAAACGUCGUAAACUGUCUUUGUCACAAUCGCAAACAGCAACAGCAACAACAGCAGCGUCCAUGGACAGCGCGACCGUUGCGACCACAACGCCGCCGAAUACACCGCCCACACCACCGCCGCUCAACAUGAUGAUGACCACAGCACGUAAUCACAGCAGCAACAACACCAGCGUUAGCAGCGGCAACAGCAAUGUUGACACCAGCAAAGACUGCAACAUGGACAACACAACGUGUACUUUGAUUACCGCCAGCUCAGCACCCACGCUCACCACCACCGCAAUGACCGGCUCCUUGCUGAGCACCAGCCAGCACACAGCCUCAACGAAUAGCGCCACAGCAGCUGCUGUUGCGGCCGCCGCUGUUGCUGCGGUGGCGGCUGUGACCGCUGCAGGCGUCAAUGCUACACCAGCAAACGCCAGCGCUAGCGCCGCAAACAGUAGCGGUGCUGUGCCCGAUCACUACAGCCUGCGUUGGAAUAACCAUCAAAAUCAUAUACUGCGCGCUUUCGAUGCGCUCUUGCAGACCAAGACACUGGUGGAUGUGACGCUGGUGUGCGCCGAGACGAGCAUACAUGCGCACAAAAUGGUGUUGUCCGCGUGUUCGCCCUUCUUUCAACGCGUCUUCGCCGAAACGCCGUGCAAGCAUCCCGUCAUUGUGCUGAAGGACUUCCAGGGCUGGGUGGUGCAAGCGAUCGUUGACUUCAUGUAUCGCGGUGAGAUCAGUGUGCCACAGGAGCGACUGCAAACCUUGAUACAAGCAGGCGAGUCACUGCAGGUGCGCGGUUUGGUCGAAAGCUCGGUGCCAGAGCACACACCCACACCAGCUGCUUCGCCGGAUGAUUUUGGCAUGAUCGAUACGUCGUUGAUGUCGCCCGAACUGGAACGCUGCUCGAGCUUCGAUGAGGAAUCGCCUUCAAUGGUAACAGCUGGCUCAAAAGUUAUAUUGCCAUCGCGGCUGUUUGGCUCGUCAGCGCGUCGGGAGCGUGAACGUGAGCGCAAACGUGAACGUGCACUUGAGCGCGAAUUGGAACGAGACGCCGAAAGCGAUCAGGACCUGCCACUCGAUACGAGUAUCAAUUCAGAUGUUUGUACGUCGCCUAUGCCAAGACGUAAGCAGGCACGUCCACGUCGCCGCUCCGGCGAUUUGUCACUCGAAAUGUUGAAUGAACCAGCUACGCCCGCAGCGGUGGAGAAGCCGCCACAAGCACAACCCCUGCCUUUAACACUGGAUGAGAAGUUGGAGCAGGCUCAUGCAGAGCACUUAGAGGCUUUGAAAACUGUGAUCAAAACUGAGCUGGCUGAACCGAUGGAUGAAGAUGAGGGUGCUCGUCGCGAUGACAGUGGCAAUGGCAAUGACAGUCAGAUGAACAACGAAACAGACGAGAAAUCCAUAAAUGCGUAUCAGUCGAGUGAAGAUCAACAGCAUAUUUCGCGCACGGAUGAAACACUUUCACCAGCACCAUUGAAUGCGUCGCUCUCCAUGGACAUCGAAGAGGAGGAGCAAGAAGAUGAAAAUGAUAACGAACAUGACAAUGAUAAUGAAGUAAUACCAGAUGCCGAAGAUAUCGAAGAACUCAUCAACGCCACCAAUGAGUUGCGUCGCAAAUCGUUAUCAAAUCUCUCGGACGGCCCAGAAGAUCUCUGCACAACGAAGAAAGACCAAAAUGAUACAAACGGCAGUCAGUCGACUAACGACGCCGAUAGCAGUCCGACGAAUAAUAAUAACAACAAUAAUAAACUCAACAACAACAAUCGCAUUGUAUUGUCACUCAAAGAUAUAAGACAACUAAAUAAACCCUCAUCCUCCUCCACACCCAAUUCAACGAAUAGCAUGCACCCUUUUGCGACGGCCAGCCUACGCGAUCUGCGACUGGAUCGUGCCGUCAGCUCCGCAGCGGAAAAUCAAUGCAAAAUGGACGCACUGGAAGCACAAAUGCAUGCGGCCGCAGCAGCCGCGGUAGCAGCAGCAAACGGCGAGAAUCCCUUUCAACAUAUGGAACAUCAGAUGGAUCUGUCGCUAGCUGCCGCCGCAGCAGCCGCCGCUGUGUCACAUCAACAGUCACGCGAACGUGAUCAGGCAUUACAGCGGGAGCAACGGGAAUUGCAAGAACAGCAUAAUGCCUAUGCGAAUAGCAUACUCGGGCAAAUGGGUAUGUCCGGCAUGCCGCCUUUCGGUGGUCCCGGUGGACCAGCACCGCAUGAACGUCUGGAGGAGAGUAUGAAUCGAUUGAGCAAAGAAUUUGCGCCGAGUUCACCUAUGAGUCUGCCCACACACUUCAAUCCACCUGAUGGACCACCACAUCCACCCUCUCCACUACCAUUUCCGGGUAUGUCUUCAGCGCUGACGCUGACGCCACCGCACAUGUUCGGUUUGGACUCACCACUUGGUCUCUUCCCGCCAGGCAUUGACCCUGGCAAACUCUAUAACCCACUAAUGGAAAUGUCCGAUCCACGUGGCAUGCCCAGCGAUCAUCCACCGCCCUUUCUCAAAGGCAAGAAAAUACCACGCCCAAAGGGACAACACUCGGCGCCACGCGGCGGUCCGCCACGUUCGUGGACGAACUCCGAGCUCACCGAGGCAUUGCAGCAUGUCUGGAAUAAGAAAAUGACCACCUCACAGGCGUCCCGCAUCUUCGGCAUACCCUACAACUCACUGCUGAUGUAUGUGCGCGGCAAAUAUGGCAAGAGCCUGAAACUGGAACAGCUGCGCAAGGACUGUAUCAGCGGUCCACCACUUGAAUUGCUACAACUGGGGCUUGGCGGCGGCACUGGUGGCGGUAAAAAUAAAGAUGGCAAAGACAAAUCAGCACAUCGCAACUCGGAGAAUUCAACGAAAAAUAAUAACGAACUCGACUUGGGCAUACCGUUGCCGGGUAUGGUGCCCGGCGGUAAUGGACCAAGUGGGCCACGUAGCGCCAGUUCCGAACCCGAUUUAAUUGGCGGACCCAACUCGCUAUUUGGACCAUUUCCCGGCGCUUUCUAUCCCGACUUCCCCGGCGGCUUUCCUGGUCUGCCGCUAAGCAUGCUCAAUCUACUCCCACCCACGGAUCGUCAUCAGCCACAUGGCGCUGGCAUGACGGCGCUGCAUCAUCUCGGCAUGGAUGAGGACUGCAAAUCGGAUCGUUCGAAGCAAUCCUCUUCACUUGGUGAUGACGACUUCGCUGCCAGCGCAGCAGCAUUAGCCGCCGGCGUACAACCGCUCGCGCUCAAUCGCAACGAAAACGAACGACGCAGCGGCGGUGAUAUGCACGGAAAUGCGGGUGCGCCGCCACCGCCACCACCGCCCAUGAGCACUGCCGUCGGCGGUGGCGGCCAGCAAAAUGGUGGUAUGCAGGAUUGA